UGUGUGUUUACAUUUGUUACCUACUUAACCCAUUUUAAAAAUGGCUACUUGUAGUAGAAAUUUUCACAAAUCAAACCAAAACAAGAAAACCCAUUUGCAUAAACCAUAAAUGAAAAACCCCAACUGAAAAAAAAAAAAAUUUUACCCAGCUCCUCAAAGCCUUAGAAUUCACCAAAUUUUCUCAGCUGUAAAAAUUUCAUUUUUUUUCUGGGAAAAUCAUGGAAGCUUCAGCUUUACCGGAAAAACCAGAGCUUUCUGCCGGAAACCGGCAGAAUGGAGGUGAACAAGAUGAGGAGGGAGUGAAAGGUGAAGAGGGUGACCGGAACCUUGGCGGUAACCGGUGGCCAAAAGAAGAGACUUUGGCUUUGUUGAAGAUAAGGUCUGAGAUGGAUACUGUGUUUAAAGACUCUGGUCUCAAGGCUCCUCUAUGGGAAGAGGUUUCAAGGAAAUUAUCGGAACUUGGGUAUAGUCGUAGCGCGAAGAAAUGCAAAGAGAAGUUUGAAAACAUUUAUAAAUAUCAUAGAAGAACCAAAGAAGGUCGAUCAGGCAAAACUUAUCGGUUUUUUGAUCAGUUACAAGCUCUAGAUACCCAUUCUUACCUUCCAUCUUCUUCCCCUGAAAGGAUUAAUUCUUCUAUGGUGAUGGAAAUUGACCCAAUAAGUACGGUAAAAAAUGUUGCGCCAUGUUCUAUCCAAAAUCCGAGUUUAAAUUUUAUGGACACCUCUACUUCAACUACCUCAACGACUAGUAAAGAGUCAGCGGGGACACAAAAGAAGAAGAGGAAAUUGACAGAUUUUUUUGAGAGGUUGAUGAGAGAAGUGGUAGAGAAACAGGAGAAUUUGCAAAAGAAAUUUUUAGACGCAAUAGAAAAGUGUGAACAAGAUCGGAUAGCAAGAGAGGAGGCGUGGAAGAUGCAGGAAUUGGAUAGGAUUAAGAGAGAGCGUGAACUUUUGGUUCAAGAAAGAUCCAUAGCUGCAGCCAAGGAUGCGGCAGUACUUGCUUUUUUGCAGAAGUUUUCUGAACAAUCGACUCCAGUGCAAUUGCCUGAAACCCCAGUUCCUGCUGAGAAACUUGUGGAGAGGCAAGAGUUCAGUAAUGGUGGCGAGAGUUUUUUGCAUUUGGGUUCAUCAAGGUGGCCUAAAGAUGAAGUUGAGGCUUUGAUAAAGCUAAGGACUAAUCUUGAUGGGAAUUAUCAAGAAAAUGGACCUAAAGGGCCACUAUGGGAGGAGAUAUCGGCAGCCAUGAAAAAGCUUGGUUACAACCGAAGCGCGAAAAGGUGUAAGGAGAAAUGGGAGAAUAUGAACAAGUACUUCAAGAAGGUUAAAGAAAGCAAUAAGAAACGGCCUGAGGAUGCCAAAACAUGUCCUUACUUUCACCAGCUUGACGCCAUAUAUAAAGAGAGGACAGCAAAGAAGGUUAUUGAUCCUGUUAACCCCAUCUAUGAGUUGAAGCCCGAAGAACUCUUAAUGCACAUGAUGGGUUCCCAAGAAGAGCGACAACAACUGGACUUAGCAACAGACAACAACGGUGAAAGUGAAAACGUCGAUCACAAUCAAGAAGAUGGAGAUAACGAAGAUGAGAACGAGCAGGACGAUUAUCAAAUAGUAGCUACUAAUCCAUCUUCAGUAGCAAUCAUGGGGUAAGGGGUAAAAAAAAAAAAAAAAACACAAACAGGGAAGUUCCUUUUAGAACUAAAGUAAUUGUUGUGCUCAACUUUAAGAUGUGGGUCAUGUCCUCUUUACACAAAGCGUGAUAGUCAAUUUCCAUUGGGCUCAUUCCAUAGCCUACUACUGCAUCAUAGUUUUUGUGGGUCAAAUUUUCCAGCAUUUAAACCUUCGAUAUUCAAACAUAUGAAGGUAUCUGGGAAUAUGGCUGAGUGUCUAGCUUUAUAUUGUAUUAUAUGUUCCAUCAUUUGUUGAAUAAAUGUUGUGAAAGAGAGAUAGUGGGAGAGAAGCUUAGAGAGUAGAAUAAGAUUAGGUGGUGUAAUGUAUAUUUAAUAUUUACAUUUACAUUUAUAUAUAAAUCAAUGUAACACUGUGCUUUUAUUUUA